GCCCUGCUAGAAAAGGCUAGCCGAUUGUUAGCACCGUAAAGAAAAAAUACGUGGCAGACAUGGAGGUGGCUGCUCUGGUUGCUUUGACUUUGUUGCUGGGUGCGCUGGUUAUUCUGGUGGCGUUAGCGGUGGGAAAACGGAAAGAGGAGAAAAAUGCAGAAACGGAGCAACAAGCAGCCGACAGUUCGGCUGAAUCCACUUCUGUGAAGACGUCCAAGAAGCAGAAGCAGGAGAAGCAGCGGAGUCGCAAAGAUAAACCUGUGCAGCACAAUUUCAGCCAUCCUCUGCUGGCAGCCUCGCUGAAGGGCCACAGUGGGAACGUGACAUGCCUCGAUUUCAGCAGCAACGGGAAAUACCUGGCGUCGUGCGCCGACGAUCGCACCGUUCGGAUCUGGAGCACCAAAGACUUCUUGGAGCGGGAGCACAAGUGUCUGAGAGCCAACGUGGAUCUGGAUCACGCCACGCUGGUCCGCUUCAGCCCAGACUCCAGGGCGUUUAUCACCUGGCUGGCCAACGGAGACGCCAUACGCAUCUUUAAAAUGAUCAAGAAGGAGGAUGGCUCCUUCAGCUUCAAGGCGGCUCCCGAGGACUUCCCACAGAAACACAAGGCCUCAAUCAUCAACAUUGGCAUUGCAGAGACAGGUAAGUUCAUAAUGAGCGCCUCUGCAGAUACCACCAUCCUGAUCUGGGACCUGAAAGGAGAGCUGCUGGCCUCCAUCAACACCAACCAGAUGACCAAUUCUUAUGCUGCCGUCUCCUCUUGUGGCAGGUUCGUGGCUUCCUGUGGUUUCACUCCUGAUGUGAAAGUUUGGGAGGUUUGCUUUGGAAAAGGAGGAGAAUUCAGAGAAGUCGCUCGAGCGUUCGACCUGAAGGGACAUUCUGCAGGAGUUCACGCGUUCGCUUUCUCCAACGACUCCCACAAGAUGGUGACGGUGUCUAAAGAUGGGACGUGGAAGCUGUGGAACACCAAUGUGGAGUACAAAAAGCAGCAGGAUCCGUACCUGCUGAAGACCGUCCCCUGCUCGUCCUCUGAAGGCAGCCGGGUGGCUUUAUCRCCCGACGGCCGCGUCGUGGCCAUCAGCGACGGCCCCAACGUGGCGCUGUACGACGCAGCCAGCGGGACGCUGGAGGAGGAGCUAAUCGGCGUCCACGGCGAAGACAUCACCGACCUCAGGUUUGACGUCAACAGCRGCUUUUUGGUGUGCAGCGGCGACAGGGCGAUCCGGGUGUUUCACAACGCGCCGGGCUACCGAGCCGUCAUCAGAGACAUGAGGGACAUGCUGAAAACGGCCCAGAAUGAAGCCAUGAAGCAGAGACUGCAGCAGCAGAUCAAAGAGGCUCAGAGCGCCCUGGACGCUGUGCUCGCCGCUCCCAGCCAGUGAAAAGAAGACACAAAAACCCAAGAGAUGUGACGUGUGUUAUUCAGACUGCUCCGGUUGACGUCUACUUCUGUUUUUAUGCACAAAAUUUGUCCAGGAAGUCAUGGACAAGCAUGGAGUUUUAAUAAAGAAUAUCUUUUUAAGGAAAAAAAAA